AUGGAGAUUUCAACUUCAAGCUCACCCUCUCGCAAGCCCUUCUUCCUUGACGAACCAAGACUCAACGUCAAUCCAUCACAUUCUCCAGAACUAGCAGCCACUAUCGAGCGGUGCAACGACCUUGGAAUGCUCAUGGAUCCUACAAGAGCCACAUUGUUCAACUUCAUGCCUCCCGAGGUCCACGUCAAGAUCUGGAAGGAUGCUUUCACAGAGUGGUCAAAGACCCAACGAAGAGUUCGAAUUGUUAUUCCUGCCAGCCCACUGGUGUCCGAUAGAGUGAUCUGCGACACACUCGAUAACAUACCGUACGCGCAUCCCAAUUCGCUCUCAGAUGGGAGCGGCUUCGCCAGCGAAAUUUGCCCUCUUCUCAAUUCCAGCUUUGAAGCACGAGAAAUGGUAAUGAACGCAUUCGCUGGCUCGCUCGACGUAUGUACAUGCUACCAGUACCAAUGUUAUCAAUGUCAAAAUUUGGAUGUACACAUGGUACCGGGUGCUCAAAUUUGCUACUGCAAGAUGUGGUGCGAUGAUAGAUGUCGAGGCAAGUCGUACUUCACUCGCGACCAAAUCUUUUACAUACCAGGUUUUGCCGCAAUUUCCCAGCAAAUCGGACGCAUCCUGAGUGAGGGCAUUGUGAGGCUAUUUCACGACAUCCACCCUCUCGCUUGGGCAUCAAAACUCCAAAAUGUGGCCCUCGACGCUCACCACUUAGCGGGCCAGCCAGGGGACUUUAUCAAAGACACUCUAUCCAAGUUCACCAGCCUAAGGAAAUUGUAUAUUGUUUGGCGCUUUGAUCCAAUCGACUUUGUCAGUCAGAGUUUCAUUACUCAGUAUGCCAGCGAGGAUAACGACAACAAGAAAUUCAUCACCCCUGGUGCUCAGCUCGACUGUUUAAGACAAAAUUUCUUCGAAUCCCCCGAGCUAUGGUUAAAUCAGCUUCCUGGAGUGGAGACAGAAUUUAUAUUUGUGCCGGUUGACCUUUCGGGAGGGGAUGCCUUGAGUGAAAAGAAGGUGAACAGAUCUGUGCUGACUUUGGAGGACUACUUCACACCUGGAAGCCAUGCCCGGAAGAUCGCCGAGAGGUCAGAAUCCUCACUUACGAAAUCAAUUUACUCCGGUGCCGGGAAUAAGAGUGAGAUAAAGUCUUGCAGAAAACGGGGAAACAUAUAA